CCUCUGUCGCUGAGUGAGCCGCAGUCUCUACAGCACCAAGGUGUUUCGGUCGCCCACGGCCACCCUCGCCCGCAAACCCGGUGUUGUUGGGCUGCAUCCCGAGCGGGGACGUUGGUGGAGCACGGGAAGCGGCCACCAUGCCGAUCAAUAAAUCCGAGAAGCCAGAAAGCUGCGAUAAUGUGAAGGUUGUUGUUAGGUGCCGGCCCCUCAAUGAGAGAGAGAAAUCAAUGUGCUACAGACAGGCCGUCAGCGUGGAUGAGAUGAGGGGAACCAUCACCGUCCAUAAGACCGAUUCUUCCAAUGAACCUCCAAAGACAUUUACUUUUGAUACUGUUUUUGGACCAGAAAGUAAACAACUUGAUGUGUAUAACUUAACUGCAAGACCUAUUAUUGACUCUGUUCUGGAAGGCUACAAUGGGACCAUUUUUGCAUAUGGACAGACUGGGACAGGCAAGACUUUCACCAUGGAAGGUGUCCGUGCUGUGCCAGGGCUCAGAGGAGUCAUCCCCAACUCAUUUGCUCACAUAUUUGGUCACAUUGCAAAAGCAGAGGGAGACACAAGGUUUUUGGUUCGAGUGUCAUACUUGGAGAUAUAUAAUGAAGAAGUUCGAGACCUUUUGGGCAAGGAUCAGACACAACGGUUAGAGGUUAAAGAAAGGCCUGAUGUGGGAGUGUAUAUCAAAGAUUUAUCAGCUUAUGUGGUCAAUAAUGCUGACGAUAUGGAUAGAAUCAUGACACUAGGCCACAAAAAUCGUUCUGUUGGUGCAACUAACAUGAAUGAGCACAGUUCAAGGUCCCAUGCUAUUUUUACAAUUACUAUAGAGUGUAGCGAGAAAGGUGUUGAUGGAAACAUGCAUGUCAGGAUGGGGAAGCUCCAUCUUGUGGAUCUCGCUGGGUCAGAAAGACAAGCGAAAACUGGAGCCACGGGACAGCGCCUCAAGGAAGCUACAAAAAUCAACCUUUCACUCUCCACCCUGGGCAAUGUCAUCUCUGCCUUGGUGGAUGGAAAAAGCACGCAUGUGCCAUAUCGGAACUCUAAACUGACGCGUCUUCUGCAGGAUUCCUUGGGAGGGAACUCAAAAACCAUGAUGUGUGCAAAUAUUGGGCCAGCAGAUUAUAAUUACGAUGAAACCAUCAGUACCUUGCGGUAUGCCAACCGAGCCAAGAACAUUAAAAACAAAGCGAGAAUUAACGAAGACCCUAAGGACGCUCUGCUUCGUCAGUUCCAGAAAGAAAUAGAAGAGCUGAAGAGAAAGCUUGAGGAAGGGGAAGAAGUUUCAGGCUCUGACGUUAGUGGGUCGGAGGAGGAUGAUAAUGAGGAGGGUGAACUUGGAGAAGAUGGAGAGAAGAGGAAGAAGAGAAGGGGCAGUAGCAGCAGCAGUAGCUCAGACUCCACAUGUUCUGUCAUAGAGAAGCCUCUGGAUGAGUUCUUGCCUCACCAAGCAGGUAAAAAGAAAGUUUCCCCAGAUAAGAUGGUGGAAAUGCAAGCGAAAAUUGAUGAGGAGAGAAAAGCAUUGGAAACAAAACUUGACAUGGAAGAAGAAGAAAGAAACAAGGCUAGAGCUGAACUGGAGAGACGGGAGAAGGACCUUCUGAAAGCCCAACAAGAGCACCAGUCUUUGCUGGAAAAACUCUCUGCUUUGGAGAAGAAGGUCAUUGUUGGUGGUGUGGACUUGUUGGCCAAAGCUGAGGAGCAAGAGAAGCUUCUUGAGGAGUCCAAUAUGGAGCUGGAGGAGAGGAGGAAGAGAGCUGAGCAACUUCGGAAAGAACUCGAGGAGAAAGAGCAAGAACGCUUGGACAUUGAGGAAAAAUAUACCAGUCUGCAAGAGGAGGCGCAGGGAAAGACCAAGAAAUUAAAGAAAGUCUGGACCAUGCUGAUGGCCGCAAAGUCAGAGAUGGCUGAUCUCCAGCAAGAGCAUCAGAGAGAAAUUGAAGGCCUCCUGGAGAACAUUCGGCAGCUCAGCCGUGAGCUUCGGCUUCAGAUGCUCAUUAUUGAUAACUUCAUACCUCAGGAUUACCAGGAAAUGAUUGAAAACUAUGUCCACUGGAAUGAAGACAUAGGAGAAUGGCAGCUGAAAUGUGUGGCCUACACAGGAAAUAACAUGAGGAAACAAACCCCAGUGCCUGACAAGAAGGAGAGAGACCCUUUUGAAGUAGAUCUUUCCCACGUGUACCUCGCCUAUACAGAGGAGAGUCUGCGUCAGUCUUUGAUGAAGCUAGAAAGGCCACGGACCUCCAAGGGGAAAGCAAGGCCAAAGACUGGGAGAAGAAAGCGUUCUGCAAAGCCUGAGACCGUAAUUGAUUCUUUACUUCAGUAAAUGUUACAGAAUUAAGGUUACAAUAAAAAAGAGCGAUAUUCUCAUGCCUGGACAGAAAUCCUUAAUUAAGACUCUGAGGACACCUGUGUAAUUCAUAUAAUGUAAGCUGUAAAUUAUGGAGUGAGUCUGGAAAUAGUAAUUUUCCUAAUAAUUCUUAGACUUUGAAGUUUCUGUAACAUAUAAGUGUGCAUAGGUCAUGACUGUUGGGGAUGCCACGCUAUGCAGCAAUGCUCUGUGGAAGGAAGGGCGCAGUUCUUACAGAACAUUGUGGUUGUAUGUGAAUGUGUGUCUCUUAGCUUUUACUCAGCUAUUGUGUAUCUAGAUAAGCAGAAUCUCAGAGUAGAAGAAAGUCUGUCUUGUUUGCACACAGUGCAAAUGCCUGGGGGCUCAUCUAAACAGUAACUUCUCCUAAUACCUGCAGGUCUGUCUCAGUGCAUUCUGACUUUAUACUGAUGUUCGUUGCAUUUAGGUAUGAGAUGACUGAUUUUAUGGAUCUCCUGUAGAAAUUGUAUAAUUUGACAGCUUUGCAGUUUGCAUUUUAAAGGUACAGUUUGAGCAUGUGCUUCAUCUGGCCACCCUCCACCAGUUUCUCUCACCCUAACUCCACCCACAUUAGCCUUUUUUUUUUUUUUUUCACUUUAGCCUUUCUUGUUGUUGCUGGCUUGGUUUCCCUCCCAAAGCUAACACUGACCACCUACCCUAGCUCACACACGUUUUUAAAGGUUUCCCUGGACAUACGGCUUACAGACAUUCUAUUGCUGCAUUUUAAGUUUUGAUGGAAAUGACUGUAUACAAAUUGAAACCAGUCUCAUUUUUCAGAAAAUGAAGCUAAACCAGAAGAAUACCUUUUAAUAUUCUUUAUAUCAUUUACAUACAUAGAAAAUACUGUUCUGAGUUUCUUCUGUUGGUUAAUCCACUUAGGCCAUAUUCCUCUCCGAAAAAGUUAUAUUCAAUAUAUAGUAAAAUAAGUUAUAAUAAAUUUUUAUAAUAAAUGUUUUUGCUUUUUUGGUGUUUACUUAUAAAACUUAUUUUUUUUUUUUGGUUUUUCGAGACAGGGUUUCUCUGUGGUUUUGGUUCCUGUCCUGGAACUAGCUCUUGUAGACCAGGCUGGUCUCGAACUCACAGAGAUCCGCCUGCCUCUGCCUCCCAAGUACUGGGAUUAAAGGUGUACGCCACCACCGCCCGGCGAUAAAACUUUUUUAAGGUUAUGAGCUCUUAUGCUUCGGAAACCUAUCAUGCUUUCUAAGUUUGAAAUUGUGCGACCACUCCAAGCUCUUGAUUACAACGGUUUUGAGACUUCCCAAGUUGGGAUUAACUAGGUUAGUAUGAUUUUAGAAGUUUGGGUAAAUAAUGGCUUAUAAUUACAGAGCUGUGUGUAGGCUGUGAAUGACUGAGUAGAGGUGCAGCCUGGUGAGGUGAUGGAAAAUGUGGAGUCUUCCAGAAAGAGAGUAUCCUGUAUGUGCAGUGUGUGCAGAUAUGACCGUGGCCACGGUGGCAGUGUCCUCAAGGUAGUGAGUGGCCUGGGUACUGUGGCGCACUGAGCAGAGUGUGUGUCUCAAAGGCUCAUGUGAGCCAAGCGUCUUGGUGAUGUCUAAUUUCUUCAUGGUGUAAAUUUAACUGUUAGUAAUGACAGAAUCUUAAUUUAACCUGUAAGGAAAAUUAAUCUAUGUGCUUUCAUUUUAAAGUCUGUGCUUCUAUCAUGUAACAGUUUAGUUGGCCUGGAAGGAAUAUCUGCUGUGAAUUAAACUAAAACAUUAGAGAUGUUGAUUCUCUAAGGUGUGUUAAAACCUAUAACAAUAACAAAAUAACUCCAUAAAAACUGAAAAUAUUGAGAAAAUUCUCUAAACAUCUUAGAAAUUUUGUUUGCUUGCUUGUUUCUUGUUUUGAGAUAGGAUCUCUCGGUGUUAACCCGGGCUGGCCUGGGACUCAGGAUUCUUCUGCCUCAGCCUCCAGGUGCUAUGAUUACAGGUGAUGUCCUAACACCAAACAGUGUGUUCAUGAAAGCAUUUGUUCUGACCAGGCGGACAUGGUUCAUUUUCUGAAAACCGUGUUAGAGUCUUGCCAGGUUGGGAGGUCCGUUUGAAGACAGUAGGACACCCACUUCUGUCACAGCAGCACUGACUGCUCCUCACUUACUGUGUCUUUGUCCACAAAGGAGGAGUUUGUAUUUUUAGUGCUGAUUUCUUGAAUGGAUAAAAAUGAAGAACAAACUUGCUUAAUGUUUAAAAUAAAUGUACAGAUUUUAAAUGAGUGGGACAGACCUGUAAAUAGGGUAUUGAUGAGUAUCCUUUUCCCCUUAAUUUAAAAAGUAAUAUUUAUUUACUUGAAAGGAACCCUAGUAGGAAGUUGGCUCUGACAGCCAGGCUCUCCACUCUGUCUGUUGUGAUGUUCAGGCUUAGCCGAGGGAAGGCUGUGCAGCCAGUGUUUCCCUGACAACAGGAUCCUCUCACAAGAUGUUUACAUUCUGGAGAAGGUGAUUUUCUAGUUUGUGUUUUUGGCAGUUGGAAUAUCAAGGUUGUUUUGCAGGGGAAGGUGUUGCUUCAUCUAUGACAUGGUUUUAAAGUCAUGAUUACAGUUGUAACGUUUCUGUUUUCAUCUUAGGUUUAGAAUGUGUCCCAUCCUCCUUGCCCCCUUUUAAGGCGUAACACAAGGAACACCCUCUUUCCUAUAGAGCUGUGAGUUACGGAUGGGCAAUGUUUACAUUUGCACACACCGUGUCCACCCAGUUUCUCCUCCCUCCUUUCAUUCUGAGAUAGACUCCCAUUAGCCUAGGCUGGCCACAAACCCUCUAUGUAGCUCAGGCUGGCCUUGAACUCCUGAUCCUCCUCUACCUCCACCUCACAAUUGCUGGGAUUACAUUUAUGCACCACUACACCCCAACCCUUCUCCCCCAUGUCUUAAUAUAUAGAAUUGUUUUCUUCUUUGUUCUUUUUCUUUUAACUACUAGAAAACACAGUUUUUCCUAGUGCCUUUGAGCUGACCCUGCAGUUUUGACUAAUUAGAAUUCGUGAAAACCUGAGCAGCAUUGCUGUAUUGCUGUUACCAACCAGGACACAAACUGUAUAAUAAGUUGGCUGUGUUAAUUCAAAAACUACACUUGGGUUGUAUUUUAUGUAUAAAUUGUAUUUGUUUAAGUUGUAUAUAUCAGUGUUGUGUGCACAUGCAGCAUGAUAAGAUGAGAAAUAAAAUUCCUCCCAAUG